AUGGUUGCGGAUUACUGGAUCAACUUGUUCAAGGGCAUGGAAUCUCAGGGCAUUGUAUCAACUGACAACAACCUUCACAUGGAGUGUUUGAGGUUCUGUUUCACUCGGCUGGUACAGACUGAGCUUGACCAGAUCGGCAAAGAAUGGAACCAGCACAGGGUUAGGCGAACGGGGGCAGAUGUCAGUGGAAAGCCAGAUCUUCUCUUUUUUCUUCCAUCUGAAUAUGGCACUGUUGAUUACAAGACUGAAGUUGACGCACGAGACAUCCACGCUAUUCAGUCAAUGUGCACCAUACCUCGCCCUUCGGGAUGUGAAGAAGAGUUCGAAGACGUCUGUCAGAAUCUCCUUAUCCUCAACGGGAAGACAGAGCCAAAGGAUACCCAGGAAGCUCUGGACCUAUAUGCUUGGCUCGUGUGUCAAAACUGGAGGGACUCUACUGUAUGA